AUGACAUCAUCAUUCCAUUGGAAGCAUCCGUCUGUAUGGCGAGUGUUGUCGGCUGCAGGAGUCGGUUCUGUGUGGGGUACAUGUAUCCACAAGUCACUGGAAGAUCGCGUUAUUAAUACAGCCACUGAUACCGAUGACGGUGGCAGAAAACCAGCGGUACCAUCGGCUGGUACGAGGAAUAGUCCUGGCUUCCUGAACCUCAAUCUCUUCUUGAGACCAGCCACAACUCACAUGGAACCAACAGCAGCACCAUCACGGUACCCAAAAAUCUUGGCAACCAGUACCAAUGUUUCUGCUGCUGAUAAUAUAGCUGCCAAAAACUCUCAACAACAACAACAACAACAACAGCCAGUCAAGGAAUACGAUUUUGUGAUUCUGGGACAUGGCAUUGCUGGAAAGAGUGCUUUGGAAACGCUGCAAAAGCUCUCUCCCCAAGCGUCCAUUGCCGUCAUUGACCCCUUUUUGGCUUGGAACCAUAAGAGCAAGAAAUCCCAACACAGUAAACAACAAACACCAAGCAGCAACAACAGCAACAACAACAACAACAAGGUGGAUUUCUAUGCCAGUCGAUGCCAAGGAUUUCAUCCACUGACACGACAAGUCCAAGUGCAAGUGCAACAACAACACUCUGAUGAUGAUCAUGCCACCACAAUCAUUCGGUAUCAACAUGCCAUUUUGGUGGCCACCGGAUCGCGGGGGGCACCACCGCCUCAUUAUUUGCUCGAUGAAAGAGCACUGGGACGGAUAUUGGAGUUGAGACCCACCAUUUUACCACAUCAUACUGACAAGACAACUAUUACAAGACCCAUUUGGAAUCCCGCACAGAUACGACACACUGUCCUGCAGGCAGCCCGUCGAGGAGACAAAGUGGCCGUGUUGGGAUCCGGUUGGGAUGCCAUUGAAUUGGCCGUGGCGGUGUCGUCGUCGUCCUCUACCAAAAAGCCGGCGGCGGCAUGUCUCGUCUUUGGUGGCAAGGGACCCCUCAGUCAUGUCUUGCCACAAUACCUGAGUGCGUCCGUGGCCAAACGAUUGACGUCCAUCAAACACAACAUUCCCAUUUUGCAUCGAUCCUUGAUACGGUACAUUGGAAGUGAUCAAGUGUAUUCCAAGAAGAAAACGAAGAGCCACGACCAUAAAGAUGAUGCGGGCUUGCAACUCUAUACCGCCAAAUCCUAUGAUUUUCUGGAUGCCUCCAGAACAGCCGUUCAAUGGGUUGUAGUGGCUCCAGAAGUCAGUGGAUCCAUGGGAACGGCGGCCUUGCCAACCAAUAGUACUCCAACACAUUUGCAAGCCGCACAAGAUGGUCGCGCAUGGUACCAAACAUGGUCGCAUCUCACCACCAUACUAGCCAACAAUAACAAGACGUCAACAACCAACGCCCUGUCGACGGCCAAUGUGCUCGCUUGCUACGCCGAUGAUGGUAGGAUUGCCGUCAACGCCGAGCUAUCCGCCGGGAACGGAGUCUACGCGGCAGGCUCGGUGGCCAAGUUUCCCAAUCCUUGGACUGGAAAUGCCGAUGUCGCAGGAGUGGGAGCGGAAGAUGGUACCCAGGCUGGUUUGGUGGCAGCCUGCAACAUGGCACGGGACUAUCAACAGCGCAAGCAACACGGACUCUUUGGCGGCAGCAGCGGUAGCAGUGGUGACAUGGAUCUCUCCAGAGACAUGGCUCAUUUGAAGCAUCCUGUACCCGUGUGGAGAUCCGAUACGGCCACUGGCAACAGCAACAAUUCGCUCAAGGAAGCUGGAAUCUAUGCCUUGUGCGUCGGAUCUUGUGAUUCCGAGCGAUUCUCCACGCAAGCAUUUUGGUGGACGAACCAAUCCAAGCGGCUCAAGCAAUGGCUGGACGACGAUGACAGUAGUGCACCGAGAAGCCCUCGUAGGCGACGAACAGCAAGACUGGUCACCAAUCCUGCAUCAUCACUGCGACCAGUCUACGGCAGAGGUAUCGUGUUUUACAUGGAUCAAGAGGCUGGGCAGAUCCAGGGAGUCAUGAUUUGGGGCUUCCCCUUCACCGAUGGCAAAGACGAGGAUACCAAUGACAAGGAAUGUCAACAACAACUCAAUUCUAAACUCGUGCAACACAUGCAGGAGAUUAUCCUAACUAACGGUGGAUUUCGCAACCUUGGGCAGGAUUCGGAGUUGGAACGGGUGAAUUUCGUUCAUUACCUGAUGAACACCAGUCGCCAACUCGUUGCCAAAGCUAUCACACCGUUUGCCGCAUCGUCGUCAACAUCCAUCACCCCCGAAGACUUGCCUCGUCCAUUGAUUCGAUACACGGAGGUCCGGCCUGCUGGAGUAAGACGCGUCAACGUGCUAAAUCGCAGGCAAGAAGCACAGGGGCACGGUUUCUUGGGCGAAGACUUGUUUGCUCGGAGUGCUGCCAUUGCGGAAGAAGCUCCUGCGCCUCUGCCAAGUUUUGACAGUCUACGAGAGCAGAACGAAGAUUUCUGGGAAUUCGAAGCGUCUCUCUCAAAAAGAGGAACCAGUCGUGACGAGAAGACUGCUCAGCGGCGAGCCCGUGCCAAAGCACUGCAGGACUGGGCGAUUUGGGAAUGGUAUCAAAGGCGAUGGGAAGAGAACGAAGACCGUGCUCGGCCUCCCAGAGAAGAAGCAUUGUGGCUUCGAAAGGGAGACGAAAACCGCGGUGUCAGCGCCAAAGAUAGGUUCAACGAUUCCCUGAUGAAAGCAAUUUUCCCUCAAGGGAGAUGA